GUGAUAUCACUCAAAAAGGCUAUGAAAAGAAAAGGGCGAAGCUGCUGGCUCGUUACAUUCCUCUCAUUCAAGGAGUAGACCCAUGUCUGCAAACAGAGAAUAGAAUUCCUGGGCCCUUGAUGACUGCAGCUGCACCUAAACCACAGAAGUCUCGGGCUACCAACUCAAGGGAUGAGCGCUUCCGGUCAGAUGUCCACACAGAAGCCGUGCAAGCGGCUUUGGCCAAGUACAAAGAGAGGAAGAUGCCCAUGCCUUCAAAACGACGGUCUGUCCUUGUGCAUUCAUCCGUGGAGACCUGUACUCCUCCAGACACGUCAUCUGCCUCAGAAGAUGAGGGCUCUUUACGGCGACCUGGGCGACUCACCUCCACUCUGCUCCAGAGCCAUUCCAGCAUCGAGCCCUGGCUCGACAGGGUCAUUCAGGGCUCGUCCACUUCAUCCUCUGCAUCCUCCACCUCAUCCCACCCGGGAGGGAGACCUGCUGCUGCUCCUAGUGCCGCCACAGCGCUUGCAGGCCUCACGGCCCACGCCCACAUAGAUCUUCACGCUGCCCCUCCCGAUGUCACCACCGGGCUCUCGGAGCAUUCCCACUACGAACGUCCACAGGUGGCGUCUGUGAGAGGUAUUCCUCGAGGGCACGGCAGGAACGUGCUGGAAACUGCGGAUGGUGUGCCCGUGAACAGCAGAGUGUCCUCCAAAAUCCAGCAGCUGCUGAAUACCCUUAAGAGGCCAAAGCGGCCUCCCCUGAAGGAGUUCUUUGUGGAUGAUUUUGAGGAAUUACUGGAAGUUCAACAACCAGACCCAAAUCAGCCCAAGCCUGAGGGCGACCAGAUGGCAGUGCUGAAGGGAGAGCCUCUGUCGGUGGGGACUUCUGGGCCGCCAUCUCUGCUGGCUGCACUGCAGCUCUGGGGCACAACACAGCCCAAAGCCCCCUGUCUGACUGCCUUGGAUACAGCGGGGAAAGCCACCUGCACGCUCACCUAUGGCAAACUUUGGAGUCGGAGUUUAAAAUUAGCUUAUACUCUGCUUAAUAAACUGACUAGUAAGAAUGAACCACUACUUAAACCUGGAGACAGAGUGGCACUUGUGUUUCCAAAUAGUGAUCCUGUAAUGUUCAUGGUUGCGUUUUAUGGGUGUCUCCUGGCGGAGCUGGUUCCUGUGCCUAUAGAAGUGCCACUGACAAGAAAGGACGCAGGCAGCCAGCAGAUUGGCUUUCUCCUGGGCAGCUGUGGGGUGACCCUAGCCCUGACCACGGAUGCUUGCCAGAAGGGCCUGCCCAAGGCACCGACAGGAGAGGUGGCAACUUUCAAAGGUUGGCCCCCCCUCGCCUGGCUGGUAAUUGAUGGGAAACAUCUGACCAAGCCUCCUAAAGACUGGUACCCACUGGCCCAGGACACAGGGUCCGGGACUGCCUACAUUGAAUAUAAAACCAGCAAAGAAGGCAGCACGGUAGGGGUCACCGUAUCACAUUCAUCCCUGCUGGCACAGUGCCAGGCUCUGACCCAGGCAUGCGGGUACAUGGAAGCUGAAACAUUAACGAAUGUGCUGGACUUCAAAAGGGAUGCUGGUUUGUGGCAUGGAGUCUUAACAAGUGUGAUGAACAGGAUGCAUGUUGUCAGCAUCCCAUACGCACUAAUGAAGGUCAACCCACUCUCCUGGAUUCAGAAAGUGUGUUCAUAUAAAGCCCAGGCUGCUCUGGUGAAGUCCCGAGAUAUGCACUGGUCUCUCUUGGCCCAGCGAGGUCAGAGGGACGUCUGCCUGAGCUCUCUGCGAAUGUUGAUUGUGGCCGAUGGCGCUAACCCAUGGUCAAUAUCUUCCUGUGAUGCCUUCCUCAACGUCUUCCAGGCCAGAGGGCUGAGGCCAGAGGUCAUCUGUCCCUGUGCCAGCUCCCCCGAGGCGCUAACAGUAGCCAUCCGCAGGCCCCCAGACCUGGGAGGACCGCCUCCAAGAAAAGCUGUCCUGUCAAUGAAUGGCCUGAGCUAUGGUGUGAUCAGAGUUGACACUGAGGAGAAGUUGUCAGUCCUCACCGUUCAGGACGUUGGCCAGGUGAUGCCUGGAGCUAGUGUAUGUGUUGUGAAGGUAGAUGGUGCCCCUUAUCUUUGUAAAACUGAUGAAAUUGGAGAAAUCUGUGUCAAUUCUGUUGCAACUGGGACGGCAUAUUAUGGACUGCUUGGAAUCACAAAGAAUAUAUUUGAGACUGUCCCGGUCACUGCAGAUGGAGUUCCCGUGUCUGACCGGCCUUUCACCAGGACAGGCCUUCUGGGAUUUAUUGGGCCUGAUAACCUGGUCUUCGUCGUGGGCAAGCUGGACGGGCUGAUGGUUGUAGGAGUACGAAGACACAAUGCAGAUGACAUUGUAGCUACUGCCCUGGCGGUGGAGCCCAUGAAGUUUGUCUACAGAGGCAGGAUCGCUGUGUUCUCCGUGACCGUGCUGCACGAUGACCGGAUUGUCUUGGUGGCUGAACAGCGGCCUGACGCGUCAGAGGAAGACAGUUUCCAGUGGAUGAGCCGUGUGCUACAGGCCAUCGACAGCAUCCACCAGGUGGGUGUGUACUGUUUGGCCCUGGUUCCUGCCAACACCUUGCCCAAGGCUCCUCUUGGAGGAAUUCACAUUUCCGAAACCAAGCAGCGCUUUCUGGAAGGGAUGCUACACCCGUGUAACGUGUUGAUGUGCCCUCACACCUGUGUUACCAACCUCCCCAAGCCUCGCCAGAAGCAGCCAGAAGUUGGACCAGCUUCGAUGAUUGUUGGGAACCUGGUUGCUGGAAAAAGGAUUGCUCAGGCCUCUGGGAGAGAGCUGGCCCACCUGGAGGACAGUGACCAGGCUCGGAAGUUCCUGUUCCUGGCGGAUGUGCUGCAGUGGCGAGCUCAUACCACUCCUGACCACCCACUGUUCUUGCUGCUGAAUGCCAAGGGCACAGUCACCAGCACUGCAACCUGCAUCCAGCUGCACAAAAGGGCCGAGAGAGUGGCUGCUGCUCUGAUGGAGAAGGGGCGACUGGAUGCUGGGGACCACGUGGCUUUGGUUUAUCCCCCAGGGGUUGACCUUAUUGCUGCAUUCUAUGGCUGCCUGUACUGCGGCUGUGUGCCUGUCACUGUGCGACCCCCACACCCCCAGAACCUUGGCACCACAUUGCCCACUGUGAAGAUGAUUGUAGAGGUCAGCAAAUCUGCAUGUGUCCUUAGCACACAGGCCAUUACCCGGCUGCUCAAGUCCAAAGAAGCGGCUGCCGCUGUAGAUGUCAGGACCUGGCCAACCAUCCUAGACACAGAUGACAUUCCAAAAAAGAAGGUAGCUAGCAUUUUCAGACCACCCUCCCCAGAUGUGCUUGCGUACUUGGACUUUAGUGUAUCGACGACAGGGAUCUUGGCUGGAGUAAAGAUGUCACACGCAGCCACAAGUGCCUUGUGCCGCUCCAUAAAGCUUCAGUGUGAGCUGUACCCCUCUCGGCAGAUCGCCAUCUGCCUGGACCCUUACUGUGGCCUCGGCUUUGCACUGUGGUGUCUGUGCAGCGUCUACUCCGGACACCAGUCAGUGCUUGUUCCCCCACUGGAGCUGGAGAGCAAUGUGUCCCUCUGGCUGUCUGCUGUCAGCCAGUAUAAGGCCCGUGUUACCUUCUGUUCCUACUCAGUGAUGGAGAUGUGCACCAAGGGUCUGGGCGCACAGACAGGCGCCCUUAGGAUGAAAGGGGUGAACCUGUCAUGUGUGCGCACAUGCAUGGUAGUAGCUGAGGAACGGCCCCGGAUCUCACUGACACAGUCGUUUUCCAAGCUGUUCAAAGACCUGGGCCUCCCUGCACGUGCUGUGAGCACCACCUUUGGGUGCAGGGUCAAUGUGGCCAUCUGCCUCCAGGGCACAACAGGCCCAGAUCCCACGACUGUCUACGUGGACAUGCGGGCACUGCGCCAUGACAGAGUUCGUUUGGUGGAACGGGGCUCUCCGCAUAGUCUACCCUUGAUGGAGUCUGGAAAGAUCCUCCCAGGAGUGAAGGUCAUUAUUGCACACACGGAGACCAAAGGGCCCCUCGGAGACUCACAUCUGGGUGAGAUCUGGGUGAGCAGUCCCCACAAUGCCACUGGGUACUACACAGUCUAUGGGGAGGAGACACUUCAUGCUGACCACUUCAGUGCCCGGCUGAGCUUUGGAGACACCCAGACCAUUUGGGCAAGGACUGGCUACCUUGGCUUUCUUCGCAGGACAGAGCUGACUGAUGCCAGUGGAGAGCGACACGAUGCACUGUAUGUUGUUGGGUCUCUGGAUGAAACACUAGAGCUGAGAGGCAUGCGGUACCACCCCAUCGACAUAGAAACCUCUGUGAUCCGUGCACACAGGAGCAUUGCAGAAUGUGCCGUGUUCACCUGGACCAAUCUGCUGGUGGUAGUGGUGGAGCUGGACGGUCUGGAGCAGGAUGCCCUGGACCUGGUAGCGCUGGUGACCAAUGUCGUGCUGGAGGAGCACUACCUUGUGGUGGGGGUGGUGGUCAUCGUAGACCCUGGGGUGAUCCCCAUCAACUCUCGGGGUGAGAAACAGCGUAUGCACCUGCGCGACGGCUUCCUGGCCGACCAGCUGGACCCCAUCUAUGUGGCCUACAACAUGUGAGUGUGGCUGUAGGGAGUGUGAACCAGCGGAGGUAUAAGGCAAAGAGAAGUGGCACUGUCGGUGCCCCCGGAGAAGGGAUUUCAGGCUUCCUCAGUUCACCCCGUGUGUGCUUCUCAGAUCCUCUCAUCAGCAUCCUGACUGUCAUGUUAGAACAUGUCUGAACCAACUAAAGAAAUGUUCUGGGUCUGCCGAGUAUAUUUACCAAAACAUGGGUGACUGGGAAGGGAAGGAAAGGCCUGGUGUCACACUGCGGACAUUGCUGACAUCACGGCUGUUUUCUGCUAUGCUGCGAGCUUGCACUUUUUUAGGCUAAAAAAAUAUUCCUGAUUUCUAAAUAUAUAAUUUCCUGAUUAUUUAUUCCCACUUGUAACAACAAGCUUAUAUGUAAAGUUUAUGCUGGAGAGAACUUUUGAGCCAAGCCUGCCUAGGAGGGCUGAUGAAAGGAGCAGCCCCCCACCUCCACACUGACAGACUCCACCGAGCCACACAGCUUCCUUUCCCAGUGAUUAUUGGAGCAGGUGUGCCUGUUUGUCUGCGUGUGUUGUCACUAAUGCUCAGAAUGUGCCAUUUGGACUGUUAGAUCUAUUUCAGAUAGAUAAACCAGCAUUUAAUUUAAAAUCACUUUCCUAGCCUAUAACUUAGUGACAUUUAAACUGCAAGUUCUCAUGGCAUCACAAUAUUAAUUCUUCUUCAUGAAGUAUACCGAUUUAUUCUUAAGAGCAGGUCUGGAAGCGCGAGUGACAUCCUAAGGUCUUAUCCAUGUGCCAGCUGGGUCUCCUACACACUCAAGUCGCCCCAGGAGCCCGGCUCUCUAGGAUGGACACCGCUGCAGCCUCUCGGCUUCGCAUUUUAGUUACGUGCCUAUAAAAUUUUGGCCAAACCAUUUUUAGUUAUUUUAUCCAGACUUGAAAUCCAAGUGAUCUAAUAUUGUACUUAUGUCAGAAAAGAGAAUGUAAAAUCUUUUAGAUACUUGGAAGAAUUUGAAGUCAAGCAUGAAUCUAAGAUUAUUUUUAUAUGACUAAUCAGAGAUUAAUGUUAUCAAGUUGUUGGGGCUUAGGGGCUUUCAAGGGUAGAGAGGUUUAUGAAUCAUACCUGCUUCACAGAAACAGCUAGAUUUUUCUAGAGUUAGCCUGGACUCGUGCUUCAGUGAGUCUAGCUAACUGGUCCCUCACUCACAUCCCACCCCCGGAAAGCACUGUGUGCAGGAGCCCUUUUGCUCAUGGUAUCAUGUGGUGUAGUAUGUGGAAACAUACUGGAAUCUUAAUAAUCCUGUUAUAAUUGUGUACAGAAUCCAUGUCACUUACUACUUGGCGCCAGAGGUUUAGCAACAGACUGAUGAAGGUUCACAGUAGAUAGCUGAGAACAGACUACCUAUCCACGGUCUCAACGUUGUAGUUUUAUAGUAAACAGCGCUUGUAAACUUUUUGUAUUAAAAACUCAGUGGCAGUAAGAACGUUACUUGGUAAGUUAAGAUUUUAAGAAUCGUAUUAAAAUGUUUUAAAGUUACUCUCUGGGAAUUCUGUAUAUCACACUAAUUUUUUAUAUCAUGUUAAUAAAAGCUAUUGACUUUGUAA